AUGGAAAACCUGAACCAGGAUGCAAUUAUUAUAAUUUUGGGUGAUUUCAAUAUAGACCUGGCAAGUAAUCACUUUUAUAGUAUUAAACUUAAUGAUCUAAUCGCAAAGCAUGGUAUCUACCAGCUGAUUGAUAAGUAUACUCGAGUAACAAGGAUAUCAUCCACAAAAAUUGAUCUUCUUCUCACAAACCAAAAGAAUAUUAACUACGAAGUACUAACAACCCCUAAAAUUACCGAUCAUUCAAUUAUUACAGUAGAUCUUAAAAGUAAAUAUAUUGAAAAACGUAAAGAAAAAAGUUAUAGAAACUACAAAUCUAUGGAUGUAAUGGGAUUCCAACUUAAACUUAUGGACAUGGCAUGGCCUCAGUCACAAGACACAAACAAAUUAGCUGAAUGUUUAAUCGAUAAUCUACUAUGUGCACUAAAUCAGUUUGCUCCAGAAAGAACAGUGGUAUAUACGGAAAAAUUUGGAGAUAAGAAGUGGUGGAAUGAAGAGAUAAGUAAUGAAAUUAAACUAAGAUAUCAUCUAUAUCAAAGAGCCAUAGUAACAAAAGCUGAUGAGGACUGGAACAAUUAUAGACAACAAAGAAACAGAGUUGUAUCAAUGAUCAGAAAUACGAAAACUAAUUAUUUCAAUGAUAAGAUUGACUUGUUGAAGGACGACCCCACAGAAAUGUGGAAAACAAUAAAAAAACUUAUAAAUUCCAAAACAAAUGAGGGACCUAAACCCGAAAUAAUAUUUGAUAAUAAACGAAUCACAGGUAAAGAAAUAAGUGAACAAUUUAACAUAUUUUUCCUAGACAGUAUUAAAGAAAUAGUGAAAAAUAAUAAUCAAAAUGAAAUUGUAAGUAAUAUAGAAGUUAAAUGCGUAAUGGAAAAAUUUAAAAUUUUAGAAAUGGCAGAUCUACGAAAAAUAGUAAAAAAGAUGAAAAAUAAAGAAAGUAAUACUGAUGGUAUCACGGUACAAAUAUUAAAAUACGGGUUUGAAGCAAUAGGAGACAAAUUUCUUAAAAUAAUUAACAGCAGCAUAGAGAAGGGAAUUUUUCCAAACUCUUGGAAGAACAGUAUGGUCAUCCCAGUUGAAAAAGUUAAGGGUACUAUUAAAUGA